GUUGAGCCUUUUAAGUUUAGUGGGCUAGCUUUUUUUUUUCUUUUUGGGUAAGCAGUGGCUGCUUCUUUUGCUCUCCGGCAGUAUAUUUUUAUGUUUUCGCUUACCAGCUGUGGAUGGUAAAUGGUUGGACUUGCUAAGGAGUUCACCAAACUUUGUAGUGGUGUCCUCUGAGAUGCUUGUUAGGUCUUUCACUGCUAAUCUCCAACAUUAUGUUUAAAAUAGGUUUCGGCAGUAAGUUUUCACUGGUAAUUGUGAGUUUCUUCAUCUCUUCAAUUUCAGAAUUUGCAAUCUCAUCCUGUUGAAGUUUUAAUGUGCUGGAUGUAGAAUAUCGAGGUAAAAUCAACAGAAAGAACUCAACUUGAUCGUGCAAAAAUUUAACUAGUCAAUUGGAAAGGGAAGGGAAUUGAUCAGACACCAAAUGAUGCAUGAACUGACAGGCACAUCUUUCUCUCGAAGAACUAAUUCGCAGUUUUGUGUUUUCCUCCCAUGGUGUUUUUUUCAUAGCAUUUCCAUCUCUCUCUCUGUGGGAUGCGAGGCUGAGUUUCGGUUCCUACUGGUUCUUCUUUCCUUGCAAGUUUUAAGGGUUUUGGAAUGUGAGGCGAGUUACGGUGUUCUUUUGCAUGUGGUGUUUGUCAUGGGUUAUAUUGAAUCAGACUCUGGAUCAUCUGUUUCUGUAGUAGAUUGGACUAAUCUUGCAGUCGAUAUUCUUGAUGCAAUUCUGAGCAAGUUGGUUUUGAUCCCGGAUUACAUACGAUUUGGAACCGUUUGCAGAAAAUGGCGUUCAAUUGCUCUCAAUAAAAAACUGAACCGUAUCGAAUCAAGCCAGCAACAGCCCCCCGAUGCUCUUGAUCCCUGUGGACAGGAAGUCAAGAACACCGUAAUUUGUGCAGUGUUUUCGAGGAUAAACAAGAAGAAGAUUUUUCCAUCACAUUGAUCAAUCCCUUAUCUGUCCCCGGUAGAUCCAGAAAUUCUUCCUGAAUCCACGGGCUACAAACUUAACCCUGAGAAUUUCAUUCGCAAGGUAACUUUGUCCUGUGAUCCUUGUUUGUAUCCAGACAGAUGAUUACGUGGUUGCUGCAAUCCAGAGACCAGCAGAGGCUGUGGGAUUCACAAGGUCAGGUGACGAGUCUUGGAAUUAGCCCUGCAGGCGGUUUUUGGAUGCGAGUGACGUUCAGUUUUACAAGGGGCGGCUGUAUGCUGUAAACUGCAAAAAUCAGCUUGUUGCUUUGGACUACAGUUGCCAAAAUGAAUCAUCAGGCAGCAAAGACGCAAAAGAUCCCCUCGAAUUUGAACAUAGAUUUAUUGUUGGUCAUGAUAGGUAUGCAGGUGCUGCUCCAAUGGAAUACUUGAUCGUACAAGAACCUGCAGAUUGGUUUGGCCUCGUAUCUAGUUGAAUCACUGGAAGGAGAACUACUUUUAGUCCAUAGGCUUCACCUCUGGUUGCAGGAUUAUCAAGAAUAUGAUCUCCAGGUGACUGUAAAGUUCAAGGUUUACAAGCUAACAACCAAAAGAUCAAGUGAUCGACGAGUUCGAAUGGGUUGAAUUCCAGAGUUUCGGCAACCACUCUAUAUCUGUAAUUGCCAGCCAAAUUCUAUAUACACUUAACAGAUGACAACACUGACAGAGAUCUUCAUCAUCCUUGGGAAGCUAUUGACAUGGGAGUUUUUCACCUGGACAAUGAACAGAUUGAGAUGCACUAUGACCUUCCUCAAGCUCUAAGAUACAUGCCACCAGCAGCAUGGAUGUGCCCAAGAUUGCAGUAAACUAGAACUUUAUUAUCUUCUAUAGAUUUCUACGUAUUCUAGCUUGUUUAAAAUGACUGCUGCUGAGUGUUCAUCUCUGCCUCUAGUUCCUUUGUCCCAACCAAAAAACGCCUAACAUAUUUAUAGAUUGAAGAAAAAAAUGAAGGCUGAAGACAUAUCUAAACA